UAAUCAUUCGCACUGUACACAAAGAUGUAUAGUUCCUGAAAGUGUUUUUCUCGGUUCCUCUUGUGCGAUCUAUUUAAACACAAUACCCUGUAUACAGUACAUUACAUUAUUUGUAGAAAAUGUUAGUCAGUUCUUUGCUAAGCUACAGUAGAUUUUUCAUGUAUGACUCUAAAUAAGCUGUGUCCCUGUAUCGCCGUCUUUGAAUUAGUCUUUGAACUAAAUUAAAUUCAGUUAUUAAUUUAGACUCAUCAUUUUUUAUGACAAUAUAACAGUUAAAAUAAUGUCCUGCUUAGUAUCUGAUAAGACAAACUGCUGGGGGUCCAGAGAGACCAAAAGAGGCAGGACUUGGUUUUCAUUUAUAUUUACCUAAAAGUCCCCUGUGAAAGAAGAAGUGAGAGAAAGAUAAGUGUCAGAACAAGCAGCAUGUUAAAGAUUCAGAGCAGCAUACUAACAGUUUGAAGAAACCAAGGAAAUUUGUUUGUGUAUGCAGCUGGAUUUGGAGGAUUCUACACUAUGGGUGUGUAUGGAUCAAAUCUCUUGUCUUUGUGCUGGGUCUGGAGAUUUGCAUUGUGUUUGAGUAUCUGCAAUGUCGUGUUUGCUCUUAUAAAUAAAAAGUGUUUUACCAUCGAGGAACAUCUUCUCAGAGACAUGCCCAGGACAGAACACUGUCACCGUUAUUCAGGAAAGGGUUUCUACGCAGACUGCAACAUUACUGACCUACGCAAAGAUCUUUCAGAGGUCAGCCCACAGGUUAGAUCCCUUUGUAUCUCCGGUGACAUCAAAAGAAUACCUGCCAAUGCCUUUGCAAACUUUCCUUCUUUGGAAGUUCUUGAAAUAAAUGGGUAUAAUUUGAUGAGUGUCGAGGCUUAUGCUUUUUCAGGUCUUACAAACCUGAGGUAUUUGUGGAUGCUUUUCGACGAUGCAGAGUGUAGUUCUGUCGCCAUGGACAGCCUUGCGUUUGCUGGUUUGGCUAAUUUAGAGGAACUGACACUGAUAGGUGUAAAGUUCGAAAACGUAUCAAGCAGACUAUUUGAUCCAUUGACGAAGGUUAAUAAAAUAAAAUUAUCCAGGAUUUGUGAACAGGACCUUGGGGUUGUUUUUUGUUACCUUUCCAUUGGGAUGUCCCAUCUGAAGGAUCUAGAGGUGAUAGACAGUUUUAUUUCAACCAUCAUGAACAAUGGAUGCCCAGAUGGGUCAAGGACCUGGCCAUUGAAUGUUCUUGCUGGAAUUCAGAAUCUUGACUUAACAGGAAACCCCAUCAAAGUCAUACAGGCCAAUUCGUUAAUUGUGUUCCAGAACCUCUCCAGUUUAAUAAUCGAGUUUAGAGGAGAAUGGCUGGGCAAAAUUUGGGAAUCUGGGAUCGGACAAGUCGGUCAUUUGUGUUUGAGAGGUAAUGUGAUGGAUAAAUACUCUACAAAUGUCAGCGAGUUGUGUCACCUCAUCUCCCGCCUCAGUCCUCAUUCCCUCAGCCUCUCUUACAUAAAAAUAGACAGAUGGACGGCAGAGGAUUUAAAGGAUUGUGGCACGAAAUUGAGAGAGUUAGAUUUUGAAAAUUCAGAGGUGUUUGACAUAGACUUUGGAUUUUGGAAAGAAAAACCAGAGAUACAGAUGCUGAUGAUGGCCGAUAUGAAGUUAAAAGAAGCUCCAUUUUGUGAUGCUGCAAAUGGAACCAUAUGGUCCUUAAAAACACUUGACCUCUCUAGAAACUUAAUGACAGAUGUUAAAGGAGACGAGUUUGCUUGUAUGCCUCUUCUUGAAAAACUUGUUUUGAGCAAUAACGCCAUACAAACACUGAUGCCUCAUGCUUUUCGAGGUUUUCAACAUUUGAAAAUUCUUGAUCUUGGUACAAACAAGAUCUCACAGCUUAGUCUAAAAGAUUUCAGAUACUUGAAGUCUUUGGAGGUCCUCCUCAUUAAUGACAACCUUAUCAAAAAGAUUGAGGAUGGGACCUUUCGCCACCAGCAGGAGCUUCGUGAAUUGGAAUUUGGCAGAUUGGAAUAUGUUUACACAUUGCAUCUGGAUAAGAUUUUUACUCGAUUUCCACCGAAAAUGCAACGCCUUAGUAUUGAUGCGCAUUAUGGAACAACUUUUUAUGAGGAUUUUUAUGCCGCACCACCCGAGGGGAUGUUUGAUCUGGAGCUAAUUGGAGAAAGAUUGGAAUUUUUAAGCUGUAAUAGCUCUAUUUACAGAGCCGUCCGAGAGCUAAAGGUGACUUCUAGCUAUUUCAUAUGCCUAAACGACUUCGUGAUACCUUAUUUCCCAAACCUGGAAUCAUUCGAGAUGAUUCAGGUCACAGAAAGAGCUUUUAUGUUUUACGGGGCAAUCAACGUUCUGCAUCGUCUGAAGCGUCUCAAGCUUAUCAACCUGAAUUUCACGAAUAAUACAGAUGCUGAAAUUGCCUUCCAGAACCUGAGGCAACUCCAGAUCCUUGUACUUGUAAACUGCCGUCUCAGCUUCCUGACCAAGAGUAUGUUCAAAGACCUGAUAUCUCUGCAGCUGUUGCGUCUCUACAGCGACAGUCCUCUAGUCUUGGUUGAUGGCCUGUUCGAUGUUUUGCCAGCACUAUCAGUCUUUGUUUUAGAUAAAGUGAACUUCCAGUGUGAUUGUGAGAACAACUGGAUUCUUGACUGGGCGGACAGCACCAAACAAGUGCAGGUGAUCUACGCACAAAAGCAGGAAUGUACCUGGCACUAUCAGAAACGCAACUUUUUGGCAACCAUGGAGAAGUUGUGUCAGACUGACACGCAGUUUGUGUGCUUUGUAGCCACUGCUACCACUAUUUGUCUGAUGAUGUUCCUGGCAGUGGGAUAUCACUUUGCUCGCUGGCCCACCGUGAUCCUCUAUUUCCUCCUUAGAAACCAAGGAAAUUUGUUUGUGUAUGCAGCUGGAUUUGGAAGAUUCUACACUAUGGGUGUGUUUGGAUCAAAUCGCUUGUCUUUGUGCUGGGUCUGGAGAUUUGCAUUGUGUUUGAGUACCUGCAAUGUCGUGUUUGCUCUUAUAAAUAAAAAGUGCUUUACCAUCGAGGAACAUCUUCUCAGAGACAUGCCCAGGACAGAACACUGUCACCGUUAUUCAGGAAAGGGUUUCUACGCAGACUGCAACAUUACUGACCUACGCAAAGAUCUUUCAGAGGUCAGCCCACAGGUUAGAUCCCUUUGUAUCUCCGGUGACAUCAAAAGAAUACCUGCCAAUGCCUUUGCAAACUUUCCUUCUUUGGAAGUUCUUGAAAUAAAUGGGUAUAAUUUGAUGAGUGUCGAGGCUUAUGCUUUUUCAGGUCUUACAAACCUGAAGUAUUUGUGGAUGCUUUUCGACGAUGCAGAGUGUAGUUCUGUCGCCAUGGACAGCCUUGCAUUUGCUGGUUUGGCUAAUUUAGAGGAACUGACACUGAUAGGUGUUAAGUUCGAAAACGUAUCAAGCAGACUAUUUGAUCCAUUGACGAAGGUUAAUAAAAUAAAAUUAUCCAGGAUUUGUGAACAGGACCUUGGGGUUGUUUUUUGUUACCUUCCCAUUGGGAUGUCCCAUCUGAAGGAUUUAGAGGUGAUAGACAGUUUUAUUUCAACCAUCAUGAACAAUGGAUGCCCAGAUGGGUCAAGGACCUGGCCAUUGAAUGUUCUUGCUGGAAUUCAGAAUCUUGACUUAACAGGAAACCCCAUCAAAGUCAUACAGGCCAAUUCGUUAAUUGUGUUCCAGAACCUCUCCAGUUUAAUAAUCGAAUUUAGAGGAGAAUGGCUGGGCAAAAUUUGGGAAUCUGGGAUCGGACAAGUUGGUGAUUUGUGUUUGAGGGGUAAUGUGAUGGAUAAAUACUCUACAAAUGUCAGCGAGUUGUGUCACUUCAUCUCCCGCCUCAGUCCUCAUUCCCUCAGCCUCUCUUACAUAAAAAUAGACAGAUGGACGGCAGAGGAUUUAAAGGAUUGUGGCACAAAUUUGAGAGAGUUAGAUUUUGAAAAUUCAGAGGUGAUUGACAUGGACUUUGGCUUCUGGAAAGUAAAACCAGAGAUACAGACGCUGAUGAUGGCCGAUAUGAAGUUAAAAGAAGCUCCAUUUUGUGAUGCUGCAAAUGGAACCAUAUGGUCCUUAAAAACACUUGACCUCUCUAGAAACUUAAUGACAGAUGUUAAAGGAGACGAGUUUGCUUGUAUGCCUCUUCUUGAAAAACUUGUUUUGAGCAAUAACGCCAUACAAACCCUGAUGCCUCAUGCUUUUCGAGGUUUUCAACAUUUGAAAAUUCUUGAUCUUGGUACAAACAAGAUCUCACAGCUUAGUCUAAAAGAUUUCAGAUACUUGAAGUCUUUGGAGGUCCUCCUCAUUAAUGACAACCUUAUUGAAAAUAUCGAGGACGGGACCUUUCGCUACCAGCAGGAGCUUCGUGAAUUGGAAUUUGGCAAAUUGGAAUAUGUUUACACAUUACAUCUGGAUAAGAUUUUUACUCGAUUUCCACCGAAAAUGCAGCGCCUUAGUAUUGACACACAUUAUGGCACAACUUUUUAUGAGGAUAUUUAUGCGGCACCACCCGAGGGGAUGUUUGAUCUGGAGCUAAUUGGAGGAAGAGUGGCAUUUUCAAGUUGUAAUAGCUCUAUUUACAGAGCCGUUCGAGAGCUAAAGGUGACUUCUAGCUAUUUCAUAUGCCUAAACGACUUCAUGGUACCUUAUUUCCCAAACCUGGAAUCAUUCGAGAUGAUUCAGGUCUCAGAAAGAGCUUAUAUAUUUUACGGGGAAAUCAACGUUCUGCAUCGUCUGAAGCGUCUCAAGCUUAUCAACCUGAAUUUCACGAAUCAUACAGAUGUUGGAAUUGCCUUCCAGAACCUGAGGCAACUCCAGAUCCUUGUACUGGUAAACUGCCGUCUCAGCUUCCUGACCAAGAGUAUGUUCAAAGACCUGAUAUCUCUGCAGCUGUUGCGUCUCUACAGCGACAGUCCUCUAGUCUUGAUUGAUGGCCUGUUCGAUGUUUUGCCAGCACUAUCAGUUUUUGUUUUGGAUAAAGUGAACUUCCAGUGUGAUUGUGAGAACGGUUGGAUUCUUGACUGGGCAGACAGCACCAAAAAAGUGCAGGUGAUCUACACACAAAAGCAGGAAUGUACCUGGCACUAUCAGAAACGCAACUUUUUAGCAACCAUGGAGAAGUUGUGUCAGACUGACACGCAGUUUGUGUGCUAUGUAGCCACUGCUGCCACUAUUUCUCUGAUGAUGUUCCUUGCAGUGGGAUAUCACUUCGCUCGCUGGCCCACUGUGAUCCUCUAUUUCCGCCUAAGAGGUUUUGUGGAAAAGAGGUUUGGCAGGCAGUGGCAGAGGAGGAGGAGAAGACUUGAGCAAAUAGACGGAGACCUAGAGGAGGUGAAGUAUGAUGCCUUCGUAUCAUACUGCAGCCGAGAUGAGGCGUGGGUCCAGGAAGAGAUGGUUCCGAGGCUGGAGGAACAAGGUCACCUCAGACUGAGACUAUGUCUGCAUAACAGAGACUUUGAGGUGGGGAAAGGUAUUGUGGACAACAUUGCAGAGAGCAUCUACAGCAGCCAAUGCACUGUUUGUUUGAUCAGUCGCUGUUAUCUGCGUAGCGACUGGUGUGGUCUGGAGAUGCGUUUGGCCACCCACCGCCAGCUGGAAGGGCAGAAUUACCGUCUCAUCCUCGUCUUUCUCGAACACAUCUCUCCCUUUGAGCUCUCCGCUUUCCAUCGUUUGGCAAGACUGGUGAGAUCUCAUACAUAUUUGGACUGGCCAGAGGAUGAAGCUGAUAGAGUGAAUUUCUGGGAUCGCCUAAGAAGGAACAUUGCGGAGGAAGACAUGAAUGCUUCUUGAAACUACAGAGUGAAACAACCUGAAUACCUUCUUGCCACAGCCUGUUAAACAGUGGCGGCCGGUGACUUAUUUUUUCGAGGGCGCACGAUGCGAAGUUCAUCACAAUAUGUAUGUAGCCCAUCGUGUGUGGUUCGUAAGUUAAAAAUAUGUGUUCGCCGCGUUGAGUGAUCCUGUGUGCAUAACGCGUCUUGUCAAAAUAAGUGCCUGCUGCAGACGUGUCUAAAGGAGAUGCUCGCGUUUGCCAAUUACUCGCAUAAUCUCAUGCGUAAUCAGAGUUUACUGUUAAGGGAGUGUCUUGCGUGUAUUUUGUGAACGUGAGCCUCUCUUUAAUCAUAAACGGUUUUGACACGUAUGCAGCAGGCACUUAUUUUGACAAAACGCGUGAUGCACAUGGUUCACAUGACGCAACAAACACAUAUUUUGAAAAAAAAAAACGAGCAACACACAUGACAAUCGAACACAUAUUUUGAAUUUGCGCUCCGCGGAAGAGAUAUUACCGGCCGCCGCUGGACGCAUGACAUGGUGCCAAGGUGCAUUAAUCUACUGUAUACAAAUCACUUUAUUUUACGAAAAGCUGUUGUUUAAAAUCUGUUGACUCUUUAACUUUUCUGCAUUUGUCUGUAUCAUUUUCAUCUUG